AUGGCCAAAGAAGGCAAGCUUCGAGCUGCGUGUGACCGAUGUCACGACCUCAAAAACCGCUGUGUGAGAACGGGCAGGGAAGAUAGCCGAUGUGACAGGUGUGAGAGGUUAGAUAUCGACUGCGUGUAUCGGAACACAUCACGCAUAGGCCGUCCCAAGACCCAGAGACGGACGUCGGUAGUGUCCCAAGAUGAUUCCCGAAGUGCAAACAUGAACAAUAUGCCAAUCCCUGGCAGCAGUCCCUUGUGCACUUCGGCGUCGAUAACGGAUAUGAACCAGAUGGAGACGAACACCAGUGGCGGCACAAUCCUCAAUGAGUCGCCCUCUGAUGCUAUGAGCCUCCUUGUGUCUCCUGAAGCAGUCCAACAACUCGACGUGGACUGGAGCCACCUAGACUUCUCUCAGUGUCAGCACAUCGAUGCCGUCCAUGAACCGCUGUACCGAGCUGAAUCUCGAGCGUUGCCGGAAUCAGAACCACCCCCCCUGCCGACCUCCCCGGCUGGUAAAGGCCGCAAUACAGUGCAGACAACAGGCAGGCUACUCCAACUUCAGGGUUAUUUGCACCGCCUUGUGUUGGCAGCGGACACAGACCAGCAACCUGCAGUCGACUACGUCGAGGAAGUCCUUGAGGCGACGAAGACCUUAAUGGAGAUCCUCCAGUCUAAUGUCCCUGUAAAUUCGAGUUCGAGUGUCCCCUCAACGACAGACGAGACAUCCAGCGACACCCGCAGUCCCAACAUUCCCGCAACAGCGAGGCACAAACUCCACAACUACAUGCUGGUACAGCAGGCACUGACCUGCUACUCAUAUGUACUGUGCAUGCUGGACCGCGUCGUAGGCGUGUUGAGUCCGACCGGUGGCGUAAACAAUCCCCACGCAGCUGGUGGUAGUGUUCCAGCAUCCAUCAGCCUAGGUUUGUUUAGCCUCGCAUCUCAGCCAGACCUCAACGCCCGAAUCGCGUUGCAUCUUGUCUUACGAAUGGUGCAGCAUCUCAGCAUGCUGAUCCAGCAACUCGCUUCAGCUUGCAGGGAUUUCAGCGAACUCGGAGAUCCUCCACCAUCACCGCCGCCGUCAAGUUCAGCAUCGGUAUCGGCAGCGGAAACAGGAAUUGGGGGCCAAUCGCCAGGGAAGCCAUGUCGCACUUCCACGUCGAUUUAUAAGACUUCUCAUGCGGUGGCCGAUUUUAUAAGUGAGAAGGAGCGGUUGUUGAUUGAGAGAUUAUCAUGCUUGACAAGUGGCCCAUGA